CUUCCUCACACUCACUGUGUGUCUUUUCCAGUGGGCUGUUCCUGAGCUGUAUUCUUUCUAAUAAAUGGGUAAAUGGAAGUAAAGUGUCUUCCUGAGUUCUGUGAGUUGUUCUAGGGAAUUACUGGACCCGGGCGGGUGUUGUAGGAGCCCCUACAUUUGUAGUCUGCAGCUCGGACGGCCCGUGUCAGCUGCUCUCCGCUGGAGACCCCGUCUCCUGACGCUUGGUGCGCGGGCCCCGCCUCGCUCUGGCUUGUGUGGCUGUGGGGCUGAAUCCCAUUGGGGAACAACCCCCCCCCCCAAUUUCAUGUCAGAAGUGAUGUCAUGAAAAGAUACUGCACCCAUCACACUCUGUUGAUGUCACCCAGCACAGGCCCCUGACAGCGUGCCUUGGCCUAGUCGAGUAAGUGGAGCCAGGCCUGGCCUCCGAAUGACAGGUGGAGGUUGGGGGAAUGGAACCGGCACGUGCCCGAGCUGGAGUCCUAGCUGGCUGAGGGGCCCCGGGCAGGACCCCCACUCUGGAGCUUCUAUCACAGUACUUCAGGGUCAGGAGGCCCCGGAGCUCUUGGAGAUGCGCUCAGACGUGCGGUCUCAGGGCUGCUGUGGCGUGAGAUGCCCUGAAGUCACUGCAGCUUCUAUGGAUGUGCCGCGGCCGCGUGGCCUGGGCUUCUAGACAGGCCCUGGCCUCCUUGUGUAUUAGUGACGCGCUCACGUGGGCCAGGCCAGCAUGAAGCACUUGAGACGUUAGAGAGGCAAGUCCUGGAAGCUGGGUGGCGGGGUCUUUGAUCUGCUUUUUUCUGUUGAAGGUAACCUAUUCGAGCAACUACCGAGGGCAGGUUAGGACUCCAAAGAGAUGCCCAUCUGGCGUGCUGGGAAGGCGGAGGCCUGUUUGUGCCUCCAGCUCAUGUGGUGGACCGGGGUGGGCAGCUCUGUCCCCGCCGCCCACACAGUGUCGUGUACCCCUGUGUGGGGUGAAGGCCGGACGACUGUGCGCAGGGCUUGAUCUAAGGACCCCGAGUUCAUGACCUGAGCCCAGACCGAGUCGGAUGCUCAACUGACUGAGCCACGUAGCGCCCCGUGAAGAACUCGUUUAAAAAGAUGCGUCCAAGUGGCCAGUCAACAUAGGAAAGGAUGGCCAGUUUCAGUGGAAAUCAGAGAAAUAUAAAAUAAACCACACGAGACACCAUCACAGAAUGGCGAAAUUUAAAGACUGGUUUAUUGGGAGGUGUACUGGUUCAGCCGUGUCAGAGGGCAGGCCUUUCCCAAUAGCACUGAACGUGCAUGUGCUCCUUCUGGCCUCGGUCCUGCUCCUGGGUCUGUGUUGACAGAAACAAGAGUGUGGCCACCAUGAAACAUGAGCGGUUAUGGGGGCGCCGGGGUGGCCCAGUUGGCGAGGCGGCUGACUCUUGGUUUCAGCUCAGGUCAUGAUCGGGGUCCCUCCUGGUACACACUCGCUCUCUUGCAAAUAAAUCCAUCUUAAAAACCCUGCUGGCGGGUAACGGAAGCACUAAUGGUUGCAACCACAUACCUGACGGGUGGACGGUCUGCGGUGGAGCCGACGGUGCGUCCCGUACUGUAGCAGCAGCUCGUGGCGUGCUCACCCACCAGCACUUGGGGGGCCCCCCAAGUCCAGCCCCCCCCAGACGUUGCUGUUGGGGCCCGGCUCACAUCCCCAGCUGUGCCGAGCCUGCUACUUGGGGCGCUUUCAGGACGUGUGUGUAGGGGUCACGUCCACCCUUCUCCGGGUUGGGCCAGGACUGUUCCUGAGCUCUCCCACCUGUCGGCUCCCCCAGACACAGGCACGCACAGGCACAGCCGCCGGCCGCCGCUCCCCAGCCUGUCCUUGCCGGCCCGUGACUGCAGUGCUGACGUGUGCCUGUGCAGCACGGUGUGCCCGGGACGGUGCUGAGAUCAGAGCUGAAUUUACCACGGAACCGCAGCUGGCGGGCUAGCCAGAGAGCAGCUGGCUGGAGAGAGUGGCUCCACGGCAGGGUUGGUGGGUCGGGUGUGGUAGGUGCCGUGGUUCCAUUCUGGUAGGCAGUCUGGUGCUAAGACGGCUCUCAAUCUACGGAAUCUGGAUGGAGGCAGCUGGGGAUGUGUAACAGUUGUCAAUUUUUAGUUAAACUAAGAAGGCCGACAUCCUUCCUGUAAAGACGUGGCUAACUGGACACGUGGGGGAUGGCUUGCUCAGUCACGUGUAGUGAGAAAUUUGUUCUAGGCAGAGCAUGUUCAUCUGGCUUCCGGGGGAAGUAAAUACAGAAGAGCAGUCAGGAGUUUUGUGGGGCCUCAGGAUCAGAAUGUGAUGCUGGCGUGGAAAUAAAUGGAUAAGAGACAGUGUAUAAACCUUUGAAAAAAUUUAAAUCUCUUAAGCUCUUGUUGAUGCCCUUUUUCUUCUAAAAGUUGAGUGGAAAAAAGCGUCGCGGUCUGUUGGACUCUGCUGGCGCAGCAGGUUACCAGGCACCUGCCUGGUGUCCAGGAAUGGCAGGAGACACGCACACGCGUGCCCUGGGGCCAGGGGCUGGCCUUGGGUCUCUGGGAGGGCGAGGCCAGGCCACUGGGAUGUACCUGCCAGAGAUGGGCGCCAGCGGUGAGUUUUGGUGUGUUUCAAGGACUCAGCCUGUUGUGUGUCCCCCGGCACUUUUUAGAAAUGGAAAGGUGGGCUGGUUGUAUGUUAGGACUAGGCUCCGCAGUGGGCAGAAAAUCCCAAUGGUGCCCUUCUGUGUCUCCAUCAGGCUCCUGGGUGGAACUGCACUUCAGCAAUAACGGGAACGGGAGCAGUGUUCCAGCCUCUGUUUCUAUUUAUAACGGUGACCUGGAAAAAAUAUUGCUGGAUGCCCAGCAUGAGUCUGGACGGAGUAGCUCCAAGAGCUCUCACUGUGACAGCCCACCUCGCUCACAGACCCCUCAAGAUACGAACCGAGCUUCAGAAAUGGACACCCACAGCAUUGGAGAGAAAAACAGCUCUCAGUCUGAGGAAGAUUAUAUCGAGAGAAGGAAAGAAGUCGAGAGCAUCUUGAAGAAAAACUCGGACUGGAUUUGGGAUUGGUCAAGUCGGCCGGAAAACAUCCCCCCCAAGGAGCUCCUGUUCAAGCACCCGAAGCGCACGGCCACGCUCAGCAUGAGGAACACGAGCGUCAUGAAGAAGGGGGGCAUCUUCUCGGCGGAGUUCCUGAAGGUCUUCCUCCCGUCCCUGCUGCUCUCUCACCUGCUGGCCAUCGGGUUGGGGAUCUACAUUGGAAGGCGUCUAACAACUUCCACCAGCACCUUUUGAUGAGGAAGCGGAAACUGGCUUUUGUCCCGUAGCGCGGAUUUCUGUGGGAGCCGGCAGCAGCGCGAGCCGAAGAGCGGUCUUGGACCGUGGGGAGUCGCGCCACUCGAUUGUUCUGCUGUUCUGUAAAUGCUGCGUUCCUAGUUUAGCAGAACGAAAGAAAAGACACAAAAACAUGCUAACCUGUAAUCAUACCUAUGGGAUCAGUUAAUAAGCAUGUCCUACUGGAUUAACAUCUACUGUAAUAAUUUGGUAGUAAAUUUUGUUUGAUAUUAUAAAUACUGAAGUAUAAAUAAUUUUAACAUACUAGAUACGACAUGUAGUAUUUUAACAAAAAUUGUCUGUAACCAGUUAUUCAGUUAAAGUACUUUAUAUUUGAAAAGAAUGAAUAACGUUUAUUAAAAUGAUUACAUAAGGGGUUUAUCCCAAAUGAAUAUUGUGGCCUUAUAUUCACACUGUUAUAGGAAAUACUAUGUUUAUGGGGAUGCAGGUUGUCUUUACUAAAGACUGCAUUUAACUCUGCUGUUCUUGGUCACGCGGUGGAAUCUGGGGAACAGAUGAGACUCCACUGUCUGGCUCGGACACUAAGCCACGAGCCCCUGCAGGGUGUUGGCAGCCACCUGGACAGUCGGUCUCCUGCCCUGGGCGCCUGCUGGCUCUCUCCCUCUCUUAGCGCUCUGGGUUGCUGAAUUCGGUCCUACUCCUUGUGUUUGGUUUUUGUGCUCUUACAAUCAGCUUCAUUCGAAGCACAUCUGUGUCCACUUCAAAAGACUGGAAAUAGAAAAAAAAUAAAUCUUUGCCAAAUCCUUCAGA